AUGUCGAAACUUUCCGAGCCUCUGAAGCAAUUUAUAAAUGCCGCUCAUGCAAGACCGAAUACCAUUCCCGCACCGAAGAAUGUAGCGUCUGUUUACGAGAAGAUUGCUUCCGAGGCUGGGAGAAACAAAGUUGGGCUUCCCGCGUGGCUUUGUGCUUCGACUGCGGCGACAAUGACCUUGAACUCUCCGGAAUCGAUGCUUGAAUUGUACAAACUGGCCAACUCUCCAGCCAACAAGAAGAUUGAGAACCAGGGCGUAUAUACCGCCGAACUGAUGCGAGAGGUUGGCUUGAAGUGUAUUGGGUUCAAUGGGGUUCCUCGAACAAUCAAUGUAUUAGGCGCCUUCUUCGGAGGACUACCCGCAGACGUACAGACAGCUCUGAAAGAGCGCAAGCCCCGCAGAGGACUUUCCAAAUCGAACAUCGAAGCUACAGUCGCACGGGGCGAAGCACUCUGGGACAGCAUCUACAACCCAUUCAGUGAGAAGCUUGCCGCUAAACUCGGACAAUCGCAUCCAGAUCUUCCAGUCUUUAUCAUUCAAGGCGAAUAUGGAUGUCUGUUCUCUGACCCAGCCACACCCAAAGACCCCAAAACACCCGACAUUGGCCGCGUUCUCACUUCUGUCAUUGCUGUGGCAUGUCUACGAGCACAAAGUGGCGUUGGUCCUCAGGUUGUCAGUCAUGUCUUCGGUCUGAGAAAGGCUUUUGAAGAUGGUAGUGCCGAGAGUGAGCAGGAAGUUCCUGGAGGGAAGUGGCUUGCAAGUAAUGAGGGUAGUCUGUGGCUGCUGGAGCAGGUCGACAGUAUCGUUCAUGCUCUUGGGGGUGCACGAGGGACUACCUUUGCACCUGGAUUUGAGAAGGCCCCUAGGGCGAAGCUUUGA